UUAAUUCGUACUACUGUGAAUAUUUAAAGAUCUCAUCUCGGAGAAAUACUCAGUUAACGAUUAUUCGUUCAUCAUGACGGAACAGUGGAGCAUUAGUGAGAAUAACACACAACUCGAAGAUGUGGAAAAAGGAUUGUAUCGGGAAAACCACAAAGUCAUAAGGAGAAUCGAAUAUAAAACCAAUUGUUGCUUACGAUGCAUACCCUAUCUCAGAUUGAUAUUUUUAUUAGAAGUAACGUUAUUUUUCGGAUGGGGUUGUUACAUGAUUUUUCAGUUUUAUCGUCCCGAAGAAAUGAAAAAUGAGACUGAUUCCAUUUUAGAGAAAAAUUCCUUAAUGAUUGAAUCACUACUUAAAACACAGACGUCAAGUACAGAUAUGCCUGAGAUUAUUAUAGAUGAGAUAAAUAAUCCUUUAAAAGACAUAGAGUUUACAAAAGAUCAAAAUUUAAUACAAAACAAGAAAGUUGUAACAAGUGUUCCUAGUAUGGUGCAAACAAAUGCGCAAAAUUCUAAUGACGUGCAAAGUAACAACGUGGCAGAAAUAAGUGACGUCGAUAGAAUACUGGCGAGACUUGGAAAUUUAGUGCAUGAUGAAAAGAUUACGAAGAUUCCUGUACCACGAUUUUCUUUAGCUGAAUACAUUGAUGGAGACUUGAUAAAAAUUGAUACUGACAAGAACGAAAAAUCCCUCCGUCACGAACAAGUUUUUGAAAAAUUGCGGAAUAUAAAUAAAAUAAAAGCAACUAACGAUAUAGAAAAAUUCGAAGGCAUGAAUGAGGAUGGUAAUGGUUUGAUGUUAGAAAGCGAAGAAAAUCAUGUUCCAGAUGCGUCCAACGAACUUGAAAAUUCAGAAUUGAACGUCGCAACAAUUUCAAGUCCUCAAAAGUUUGUAGAUCAUACGAUUAGUGAAUUUGUCGAUUUAACCGAAGAUGCGGCACAAGACAAUCGUAAUGAAAAUAGUUUUUUAAUUGACGAAAACGAUAGACCAAUAAAGAUAUUCUUAGAACCAGGCUUGGUCAUAUACCCACCUUACAAGUCUCAUAAAUUUUCUAAUACACUGGUAAAAGAUUCGACUAAAGAGCUUACAUUAGCACCAGAAAUUUCAGAACAAAUAGAGAAUAGGUCAAACGGUAGCAUCGACGAAAGCAAUGUAGAUAAUCAUGACAUGGAUGAUAGCGAUAUGUCAGCAUUCGAGUUCGGAAACCAAGACUAUUCUGAUAUACUAUCUACUGUGAAAAAUGUACAAGAGCAAUAUCCAUCCGAGAGUAUCGUAAAAGAAGAUGAGAAAUACGAAUCAACUGAGAAUGUUGAGAACUCUGACAAAUUAUGGCUUUUACAACCAACAGUGCAAGAUAGCGUAGAAUCCUCGACGACAAAUGUUGAUCAAUUCCAAUGGUUUAUGGCGCCUCCUCCCUUUGUAGAUCUUGGAUUGGAAGAUAUAUCGAAAUCAAGUGAGAAACAUGACUCGUUAUCGCGGGAUACGUCUGAGGACGUGAGUGUUGAUGAUGUUAUUCGAGGAAGUAAGUGCAAGAUAACAAUUAAACUGGGUAUUCUCAAGGUGAUAUGUCCUGCUAUUAAGUUCGACGAAGAAUGGAGUAUUACUUCUACCGAAAUGCCUGUAACCGACGUUCCAAAAACCACUAAUUUCGAAGACAUUUUACGUACCGAGUAUGACGAAGAUGCAAAUAAGAAGAUAGACGUUGAAAAUAUUUCUAAUGAAAAUGUUGAUAAGGAAGUUACAACUUUGCGAGAUAGCAUAUCGAAAGUAAUCGACGCGCUUGGAUUACAAGAGAGUGUUACAAGUGGAAAAAUUUCAAACGAUGCAUUACUGGAUUCAUAUGAUGAAUACAUUGAUCCUUUCGAGAUCGAAGCAAUCACUCAAGAUUACGUAAUUUACGAUUCUUUAUUUAACAACUCAAAUGAAAAAGAUGUAGAACCAGACGCGACAAUAUCUUUCUCCGUUUCUGACUUCAAUUCCGGUACCACAAAUUCAACCAAAGAAUGGAAUCUAUUUCUGAAUUUUUUCGAUACACAACAACAAAUGCAAUUAAAAAGCAACAAAGAGCAAGAUCAUUCAGAUCCUUAUAAUACUCAUACUUCUUUGAUAGAUCCUGAAUAUUUUUACCUUUUGGAAAAGAGUCUCAUUGCUCUACUUAAAAAUGAAAUGUCAGAUAGUAUGACGCGGGAUCUGCCAAGAGAUUUUCAUGAGAGUAGCUAUUGGAAUAAUUUUUGCAGUAUUCAUCACGUACAUUCUGCAUUCCAACAUCACUUGUGUGAACAAUACGUUGCUGUAAGGAACAUCUUGGAACGUAUGCCAAAUUCCAACUAUCCGCACAGUAUUGCUGACUCUUCUUUUCGAAAGAAACGAAUGACUAAUGAUCUGGCAUGGCAACAGGGUCAGGUAUCAAAUACGUUAGAAGAGGACGAUAAAGACGCGGUCUUAUCAGAAAAUUUGAGAAAACUUUUCCAGAAAAUGGAAGUUCUUGCCUUCUGCAUUGACAGACUUCAUGAACGAUAUCUUCUUCAUAAUAAACUUGAUGACGAUUACGCUUCGAGUGAAUUUCCGAUGGAAACUGAAGAACGCCGCAAAUUGUACACAUCGCAAAUUUUAUACGAAAAAUAUUGAUAUCGUCACAUGUCAAGGAACCGUCACAUAUUAAUUUUCAUAAUUAGUACGAAUAUACGUUUGCUGUAAAGUAUUUUAAUUUUGUCCAUCGCAAUGCGUUAGUAUACUUAAUACGUAAUAUGCUCACGAAAUUUGUUCGUAAAACCUGUGGGUAUUUGACAAAAGCAUGCUAUGGAAUAAUUAGUGCGUUGCUAAUAUGCCUGCGCAUAGGCCUUGAACUUACUCAUGCUAAUUUCUUAUAAUUUAUACGUAGCUGCGUUAAUGCGAUAACAUUCCCAUGCGUUGACUAUGUGACGAUUGCAAUUGGUUGUUCGGUGAUUAUAGAAUUGGUAAAGUAGGUCAAGCUUACACAUCUUUAAAAUAGGUUUUUAAUAAUACUGAAAGUGCGUAACCUUUGGCUACUGUUUUCACUUUAAAGUAAAUUUUGAAUCGAUGUUACAUUUACUGUUAGUUUUGUUGCACAUAACUAAAGAAACAAAAUUACUGUUUAUCUCUUCAGUUCAACUGUAUUGUAUCGCUAGUUUAUUUUGCAGUGAUAUUUUUAAUGCGACAGCCAUUAGAAAUGUAUGAAACAAUGUAUUUUUGUAAAUUGCAUAGUAUAAUGGAUGGAAGAGAUCAGUAAUUCACUCAGUAAUUUCAAUAUUUAAACCGAUUGGAAAUAGAACGCUGCAAGAAUUGUAUUCAAAGUCACGUAAAUGGAACUUUUAAUAAAAUAUGAUUGCUGAUCUUAUCAA